CAUUAGGUCUAGUUCAGACUCGAGGUUCUGUAAGUGAAAACUGCCCCGGUUUUGUCUUCCUCGUUGCGAGCUCAAUUAGGACUGAUAUAAUUCAUUUUGUUUGCCGCAGUCGACUCAAUAGAAAUGCUUUAUCUGGGGAGGUUCUAAAAAAUCUGAACAACCUCACGAAUCUCAAUGAAUUGUGGGUACUUUUAAUCUACUCGCACAAUUUAUAAAGGCAAGUGGUUUCGGUCUGUUAAACAUGAUGAUACUUUUUCCGUCCUAACUCCCAGGAAUUUAGCAAACAAUAAACUUACGGGCCCUUUACCAGAUUUAACUAAAAUGGACUCCCUCAGAUACGUGGAUCUCAGUAACAAUUCCUUCGACUCUUCAGAAUCUUCUGAUUGGUUCUCAACCUUACCAUCUCUCACCACCUUAGUUAUAGAAAAUGGACCUCUUCAAGGGACUUUAACGUCAAAAGUCUUCAGCUUUCCCUAUAUACAGCAAGUGCUAUUGAGGAACAAUGCAUUCAAUGGCACCUUUGACCUGGAUGACAGCUUUAGUCCACAACUUCAACUCGUUGAUCUGCAGAACAACCAGAUUUCCGCCGUAACACUGUCAGCUGACUACAAAAACAAACUAAUACUUGUGGGAAACCCUGUGUGCACUGGUCUCCCAAAUGUUAGUUUCUGUCAACCGUAGCAGAUGAUUUCAAUAUCUCCACAUGAGGAAGGAUAGCAAGCAUCUUGAUUCGUUUUUUAUGCUAAAUUCGGUUAUUCAUAGCUGUACAAGCUUUCAGUUGACUCUUCGUUGUUUUGAAUUCUUUAAGUCCUUUGUUUCCAAUUCCCAAUUUCCUGCAGGUAAAUUUUUUCAUAUGAACCCUUCAUUUUUAUUCUCAUUUACAUUUGGAUUUUAUAAUUAUCAAAGAUUAUCGAGUUGGGCCUGAGCCAUACCUUUAAUUUGAAACUGCAACUAA